GGGUCGCUUCCUUCUUCAGAUCUCGGUGUCGUUCUCUAUCCAUACUUCUAGCCCUAACUUCGCUAACUCGCUCGCUUUCCACUUUUGCUAUGAAGUUCCUGAGUUUUUCCGCCGGCUUACUCUUCUCCCUCGCCGCAUCCGCCGUCGCUCUUGACGCCAUCACUAUCAAGGGUAACGCCUUCUGGGACGGUAAUACCAGAUUUUACGUCCGAGGUGUUGAUUACCAGCCGUCUUCCUACAACGGGACCAAGGAUUUGGAUCUGACUGCCGAUGUGAUUGACCCUUUGGCCAACGAGGAGACCUGCAAGCGUGACAUCGCUAUCUUCAAGGACUUGGGGCUCAACACCAUCCGUGUCUAUACCGUGGACAACACGCAAAACCACACUGCGUGUAUGCAAAUGUUGCAUGAUGCUGGGAUCUACCUCAUUUUAGAUGUCAACACUCCAAUGUCCUCUAUCUCGCGUAGCAAUCCACCCUGUUCCUACAACUCCGCCUACCUCGAGAACGUGUUUGCUACCAUGCUCGAGUUUGCGGACUACGACAACACCUUGGCGUUCUUCGCCGGUAAUGAGGUGAUUAAUAACUCGAGCAACACCGACUCCGCGACUGAGGUCAAGGCUGUCGUUCGUGACAUGAAGACCUUCUUGAAGGAGAGAAACUUGAGACAGGUCCCUGUCGGCUACUCCGCCGCGGACGUCUCCUCCAACCGUCUUGAGGUUGCCGAGUACAUGAACUGUGGUGACGACGAGAUGGCCCGCUCCGACUUCUUCGGUGUCAAUGACUACUCCUGGUGUGGCGAGUCCUCGUUCACCACCUCUGGCUACAAGCAGAAGGUCGACUUGUACGCCAACUACGGCUUGCCAAUCAUCUUGUCCGAGUUCGGCUGUAACGUCUUCAAGGGCUCCGCCACCGGAACUCCCCGCCCGUUCACCGAGAUUGGCGCCAUCUACUCCGAACAGAUGUCCGGUGUCUUCUCCGGUGGUUUGGUCUACCAGUACACCAACGAAACCAACAAUUACGGGUUGGUCGUCAUCAAUUCCUCCAGUAACGUUACUAAGAUGCCAGACUACUACACCUUGAAGAGCGAGUUGGCCGAAACUCAGAACCCAUCCGGCGAUGGUGGGUACACGUCCUCCACAACCAUUUCCACGUGCCCGGCCUUUGAGGCUGGCAUCUGGGAGGCGUCAGACGACCUUCCAAACACCCCAGACAAGGCUUUGGCGUUCAUCAACAAAACCGCCGCCAUCACUCCAGGGGGCCUCGAGGAUCAGACAGACUACAUGUGCUACGCUGACGCGGCUGACUACAAGAGUGGCAGUUCCUCUGCUAGUGGUGGUAGCUCUACCACGAGUAGGGCCUCUUCUGCAUCUUCCGCAUCUUCCGCCACUUCUGCAUCUUCCUCGUCCAAGGCCGGUGCUGCUGGUCUUGCCGUCGGUGGUAAUGCCAACGUUGCCGUCAUUAUUGCUGGGCUCUUGGGGGUUUCCGUUAUCGUCGGUGCCUUGUAAGCUGCAACGCCAUACGUGUUUUUGAAUACCGGCUAAGGAAUGCUUGUAUGUAGAAAAAAUAGAGAAUAAUGAUCCAUGUUGGAUGUAGCGAG